AUGUAUAACAUCGGCCUAGACAUGUACAUUCUCCUUCUCCCAAUCGCUAUGCUCUGGAACAUCAGGCUUCCCUUUCGCAAGAAGCUCGCCGUCCUCAGCGUCCUCACCUUCGGCAGCAUCUCCGUCGUCAUCGCUACCUUCCGCCUCAUCCCCCUCCUCGAACUCGGAUCCCAAUCCGACGAACCCAUCGACACAUCCUGGGUCCUCGGCAAAAUGAUCAUAAUCUCCGCUCUUGAAACGCAAUUCGCCAUCGUCGCCGUCAACCUCCCCAAUCUCAAGAGACUCUGCACCAACUUCCCCGGCUCAGAUAGCUUGGUCGAAGAUCCGCAUAUUAUUUGGGGGAAGGCGAAGAAGUUGACAAGUCAAUGCAGCGACGACUCUGAUGACGACGAAUUCUACGUCUCCGGUGGAAACGGACGCGGAUACCACUGGCGCAAAAGCAAGGCUAGUUCGCAGACCAGUUUCAGGGAUAGCAUCGCACCCAGUUUCUGUACGGAUGAGGAGUCUCUCCAAGCGAGCGUUGCUGUUGCGCUUCCGGUGCUGUGGGUCAAGAGUAAUGUUCAGACGGUGAGAGUGGGUAGGGGCCAUGUGAGCAGAGGGCAUGUAGUACGCAGUUUGGUUAGAUGCAGUAUGGAGAGGGUGGAGGAUUGUUUCCCCCGAGGACACUUUUUGAGGACGUAUGGUAGGCCCGAGUCGAGGCGGCCGGAGAGUAGAUUGCCGACUUGUAUGGAAAUAUGA